GGAUCUGAGCCACGUCUGCAACCUACACCACAGCUCAUGGCAGUGCCAGAUGGGUAACCCACUGAGCAAUGCCAGGGAUCGAACCCGCAACCUCAUGGCUCCUCAUGGUUCCACGAUGGGAAAUCCUAAAGUGGCUUUUAAUCCAUUGGGUUUUCGUGUAUUCACGGAGUCGUGUGACCGUCCCCCCUAAUUCCAGAACAUUUUCAUCACCUCCGAAAGAAACCCUCUGUCUUUGCUCCUCGUUUCCUUCCCUCUCCUCCAUUUAUCUGCUUUCCGCCGCUGUGGAUUAUUCGCCUGUGCUGACCACGGCUCACACACAGAAUCGUGUCGUACACGGUCUGUUACGACUGUUUUCUUUCACUUAGUACAACGUUUUCACGGUUCAGGCACGUGACGGCCAAGGUCAGUGCUUCGUUCCUUUGCAUUUGCCAGACUGGGCUCGCUGCACGGAUCGACCGUGCUUCCCUCAUCCGUUCACUAGGGAUGGACCUUUGCAUUUCCGCUCCAGGGCUCUCGGGAAUAAGACAUGGUGGCCAGUGUAACCCCGGGUGUAACAUCCCCUGCGUUUCACCAGGAGGGACAGCACGUUAAGAGGGAGUGGGAGGGAUUAUUAGUGGCCGUCUGGGCAGACAGUCCCCCACGCUCCACUCUUGAAACAAUUCACCUCCCUCCCUCGUGCAAAAUCCAUCCACUGCCUUCUGGGACCGCCAGCUGUCUCAUCCAGUCACUGCCUUGGCUUGAUGUCACCAUUGAGGGUGGCCUCACACCUACCAAGCUGCUCCCUUCACUCCCCACCCCAUUCCCACCCUGCCCCACCCUAUGCACGUCUGGAGAGCACACCACUAUCACCUCCUCCGGGAAGCCCUCGUCCCCCGACCCACACCUCCAGUGGAAUUUUCUAGUCCCAGGCACACCGCUUACGGACUUCUUCCAAAGCGUCUCCUCUUUCCAAAUUCAGUUGGUUUCCGAGCUCUCUCUAGUUUACCUCUUUAAUGUCUCACUUGCGUCCACCUUGCUUGUACUGUUGGAGUUUUGGCUGUCACCAUUCGUGUUAGUCGAGACGCUGAAGGCUGCAAGGGUCAGCAUCUCGCCCUUACGUAUUAACCAAGAACAGGGUGUCACCAGAGACCUGAGGAAAGCCCCCCAUGACAGAUGGUGACCACAACAGAUAGGAAAGAGGGACACUGAGAGAACCGAGGUGACGUAAGGCACAAAAACCCUACUGCAAAUAAGGGGCGAAGUCUUCUGCUAUUCUUAGCCACGCAGGAAGUUAUAAGAGUAGGGUGCUGUAUAAAAAGCAACUCAAGAAACAACAGCAUUUAGGCAGGGAGCACGUGUCCACCCACCCAUUCCCAUAGCCAGGUUUUAGCAAACCAGAGCCGAAGGCUUCUUGCCCCAGGUGGAAGUUUGGUUAUCUCCUGCUAAGCAGCAAACCACCCCAAAUCUUGGAGUUUGAGAUUCUGUAUUUUGGGCAGGGUUUGGCAGGAAAGAUUUGCCUCUGCCUCCUGGGGCUGGGACACAGAUGACAACCUUUGUGCUGGGUUGAGUAUGUGGACUUUGUCCCCUUGAAUGAGACGUACGGACUUGCCUUCGUGGCCUUUAUAAUGGUCUGAAGGGGUGCUUUUGGUGGGGCAGAUGCUCUGGAAGGAGGAGAGGGAGGGGGCGCGACGGCCCUCUGACUGCCGGGAGGGGUCAGGCGAUGCUCACGCUGAGAAGCCGCUGUCCUCAUGUCUGUCCAUCCGGGCUGGGGCUUUUCCACUCUUACGGCCUUGCUCUGACCCUCCCACUUGCCCUAAAGGUUUAAGUUCAGUCAUAGUCCGUCAGCUGCUUCAGUGAAACCUUGUACUUCUGCUUCAUUAUAACAAGAAACUCUUCUUUCAAAUGCAAAAAAAAAAAAAAAAAACUGCCAGCUGGCCUCCCCGCAGC